CUAAAUUUAGAACUCUACCGCCGGUCUCUGACUACCCACUUCAUCUAAGUCUAAGUGCCCUUUGGACCCACAUUUUAAAUAGCCUAUAACUCUUGAGACUUUGAUAAUAUCUGGAACUUCAAAUUGAAGUAACCGGCUGACUUUUUAAAAAUAUGUUUUGCAAAAAAUGAUAAAUAUAUGUCCUCGAACUUCUAACAUUACAACAUCGACAUCGCAGGCCCAGCUUUACAGAACAGGAUUGCUACUAACUACUAAUGAAGUCUAAUGAGUACCUAAUGUUACGUUACAAGUUACAUCAGAAUACUAGUUACUAAUUAAUACGUAAGUACGACAUUCAUUUUUAAUUACUUACUAACAAAGAGACUUAGUGUAAUACAUUAAAUUUUAAAUAUUUCAUUUUCAUGCCAGGCUAUUCUGUAAUGAUGAUAUGGAGUGUAAAGAAAGUGUAUGUAUUCAUUCUGUUUAUUCAAAAAAUCGGCUACACUAACUAAUUGAAAUUGGAACUCAUUUAAAAUUUAAGUCAUUAUCAUUAAUUUAUUGAGUAGGCAAAGUCUAACUUGGAACAAGAACUAGAGCCAAACACCAAUAUUAAAAGUAAAAAUCUAAGACUAAGAGAGACUAAUCAGACUAAAUACUAAAUUAACUAAAUAUGAAAAUUAAUAAAUGGGAUAAUAAUAACGAAUUGGCUUUUCGCCGAAUAGCCAAUUCGUUAUUAAUUCGGACCUGAAGAAGAAUGAGAGGUUGAGUUUAUAAAAAAAUAUUUAUAAUAUUAUUGUUGGGUUUUAUUUUUAUAAUAAAACAAAAUUUGUUAUCAAAUGAAAGAAAAUUGAAUGGCCUAUAUCAUGGAAAUGAAUUAUUCUUAGUAUCAUACACAUGUCACAUAGUCAUAUUCAUAUGUCUGUAAACUUACUUCUUCAGUUUAACUUAACUAAUAUAAACUACCACAAAUGACAUCCCAACAGCAUUUAGUCUAAAGGGACGUGGGUCUGAAUAGCAAAAAAUAGUCCAUUCAAUUAUCUUUCUUUUGAUACCAAAUUUUGCCUUACAAACUAAACAAUAAUAUUUUAAAUAUUUUUUAUAAACCCAACCUCCUCUCACUCUUGAAUCCUGGGUCCGAAAAGCCGCAGCCUAAUAAUAAUAGUAUAGUAUAGGUAACAGAUAGGUAACAGACUUUUAACUUAAUAGUUGCCUGUACUGAAAUUCUUAAACAAAUAAAACAAACAAAAUCAUUGAGAAUAAUAUAUAUAUAUAUAUUUUUUUUUUUCCUAUUUAAGUAGACUAUUGAAAUUUGACAGCCCCAUUUUAUUUUAUUUUUUGAAAAUAAUUUAUCUUCAUAGUUCAUAGAUAAGUAUAGUCAAAGAACUGGUAAUUUAAUAGUACAUGUUACAUAAAUAUUAGCUUACUUAAAAUUCUAAUAAAAUAUUACAAAUAAUUUGGGUGGCUGAUGAGUCUAAACUGACUCAAUCCAAAAAGCUGGUGGUCUGGAGUUCAAUCCCCAACAAAGCAGAAACACAAGCAGAAAUAUCCCAAGCAUCCUGGGUGGAUGGGACCCUUUAGCCUUGGACGGCAACUCAUCUAACAGAAGGCAAACUCUGAUUUCAAAACCAGGAGUCUAUUGACCGUGGGCCCUAAAAAUAUUUUUAAAAAUAAUAAUAAAAUAAAAAUAAAUAAACAGUGGAGUGCAGCAACUGAUUUUUUAAAUCUUAAUAGUUCAAGUGAAACUAAGUAAGGAUGUAUUUUAAGCCUACCUGCUAGGCUACUUAAAAAAUAGUAUAGGCCUACAUUUUAGUAUACUAAUUUAAUUAAUUUAAUCUAUUUUCUCAUUUUUCCCCUACCCUGUGUUUUACAUUUUCUAAGUCUAUUGCUUUAACCUAAUACUAAAAGCACUCAUACCCUUAUAAAAUUGACCACUCUCUCUUUUUUUCCCCAGGGGCUGAGUUUAAAAUUCACACAAAAAUUGUUUGACUACUCUACAACAAUGGCAACAUGGAUGCUGAUAAUUGGAAUAAUAAUUGCAUUAAUUACAUUACCAACCUGUGGCCUCUUAAUCAUUUUCUUCUUAUUUCCUCAUUAUCUUGUACAGCUCAGCUUUAGGUAAAGUAGCAAUUUUAAGAACAGUUUUUCAAAGCAAUUAGACUUAAUUCUUACAGAAUGGACUAAACAGAUUUGUAAUUUAAUACUGGCAUUCCCAAACCAUUAAACUUAAGACUUAAGACUUAAGUGAUAAUUAUAAUUUCUUUUUCUUUUAUUUUUGUAACAUUUUGAUGAUUUUGGACUAAUUUCUUUUUAGAAAGACAUUUUGGUAAGAUGAAGACUUAUAGAAUUAUUCAAAUUGAUGCCUAAAUUUAACAAAAAUAUCUUUUACUAAGAACUACUUAUUUAUUUCAGGAUUCGACAACAUCGUGCUGGAAUGUAUAUAAAGUACAUUGGAAAUGAAGAGUUCAUAUUUUGUUACGCUGAAAGAAAUGCUCCACAACCAAAUAGAACGAGCCUUGUCUUUGUUCAUGGAUUCUCCUCAUCUAAAGAUCAAUGGAUUCCUUGUUUUAGAGUAGGCCUUUACCUUGUUUUCAUAAUUAAUUUAAUUUAAAAGUAAUAUUUUUAGUUGAUAUUUAUUUCCUUUCUCAACAUGAUUUUAAGUGGUUGAAAUGCACAUAAUUAUUCAUAGCAUGAAUUUUAGCUAAUGUUUGUGUUUAAAUUGCAUAUUUAUUUUAAUUAUAUUCUUUUUUUUUUUAAAUCUGAUAUACAAAAACAAAAUAGCUUAACACAGUUUUAAUUUUAAUUUUGUUAUUUUACAAUCUUUCAAUAAAUAAAAAUAAAAUGUGGAAUUUUUCGUUCUUUCUUUUUUCUUCUCAGUCAGAGUUUAUCGAAAAUCUUCAUAAAAAAAGUUUCCUUUUUUUCUCUUAUUCAGGGUUUACCAAAAGAUCUUCAUUUGAUUGCACUAGACCUGCCUGGUCAUGGCUUCUCUUCCAAACCUGGAGAUGAUGUAGAAAUUGGCUUGGAGUUUGUGGUUGGCUCGUUGAAAAAAGUAAGACACUGAUCAGACCAAGUGGUCACAUUUUUUUUAACACUGUAAGUCACUGAUAAGUGGUCAGUCUGCAGAGAGUUAGUCACUGAUCAGACCAAAUGGUUAGUCUCAACAAAGUUAGUUAGUCACUGAUUUUUACCAAGUAGUCAAUCUUAUAACAAAGUAAGUCCCUAACUAGUCCAAGUCAAUUCAACAGAGUAUGUAACUAACUUUAUCAAGUUCUUUAAUAAAACUAAGUAUCUUAUUAGGCAUGACAAAACUAGAUCAAUGUAUAACACAUGCUUACUAACAGUUUCUAGAUCUUGUUGGUCUGUCUAACCAAAAAAUCCACCUGGUUGGUUCAUCCAUGGGAGGUGCCAUUGUUGGUCUGUACGCGGCCUAUUAUCCAGACAAUGUGGAGAAGGUCACCAUGGUGUGUCCAGCUAGUAAGUUAUCUAUGUUCUAGAUUUAACAAAAAAAAUUAUUAGCUUCAUCUGCUGAGCAAACAGGCUAUUUCCGAAUUAUGACUAAAAAGCUUUUGCACUAAUUUCUUUAGCAUUAUUUAAGACAUUCUAAUUCAUUUCACUUGUAUUCUGUUCUGUCUGUAUAGAUAAAAAUUUCAUAGAUUAAGAAAGAAGAUUGACAUAAUGAACUUUAAUAUUUAAAUAUGAAAGCUUCAUGCAUUUUAUCCAAUGUAUACUUUUGUAAUAAUGUUUACCUAACAUAUAAAAUUUAUCAGGGUUAUUCACUUGCAUCAGGUAAAUUCUAUAUGAAAGUGGACACAAAGUCCAACAAUUUAAUUGCAUAAAAUUUGGUGUGAUAUAGAUUUAUUUCAUGCAUCUUGGUAUGGAGUCAUUUAUAGUAUCUUUGUCUUUUGUGACAUGUGACCUGGUGGCCAACUUGAAUUAAGAACAUGUCUGCACAGUGUAAUAGGAGUUUUUUGUUUUUUGUGUGGAUUUUAUUGUGUGUUUACAUCUAAUAAACAUAGGAAAUUGUCAUUGUUAUGGUCAAUGUCACAUGAUGAGCGAGCAUUAAAACACUAUUAUUUAUUUAAGUUAGUGUAACUGCUGCAGUGAAGUAUUUGUGAAUCUGUAGAAGACUUGACAUUUUUGUUAUUUUUUUGAUGGUGUGCAUUCAGACUUGUUACAUCAGUUUCCCGGUCAUGUUACAUCAGUUACAUAAUUUUGUAUGUAUAUCUUUAAAAUGAGCUUUUUAAGUAAUUUUUAAAGGUUUUCCUUAGAAAAAAAUCAACACUGUAGAUAAUUAGUUUUAAAAAAUAUAUUUCAAGAAAGCAGAUUUCAAAGGAAAUCGGCAAAAAUGAUGCUAAAUCAAAUAAUAUGUCUUUUUUCAUGUAACGUCGGUUGAAAUUCCAAGAUUGGCUAUUUUUACUUCUAUGCCUAACAUAGUUUUAUAAAUGCUAUUGUUUUAAAUUCCACCAGUAAUUUUUUUUUUUUUUUAAUAAAAUAUUUUGCAAAGUAAGUGUAGGGCUUGUGAAACGGGCCUGUCUCACUAACAGUCCAAAAGGCCUCCAUGCCAAGAGGGUUAAAGCUUGUUUCCUGGACAAGAAAUUAUAAAAAAGUAGAUUAAGUGUCUUGGAGAUGUAAUUGAGGAAAGUAGAACAUAUGUCCUAGAUGUGAUAUUUAGGAAAGCAUAUCAGGUGUCUUGGACACAAAAUAGAUGAGAGUAUUAUCCAUUUUUCGAAGCCCACACCAUUUUCAUGAUUUAAAAUAUUUGAUUAUUUGUUGUGUUUCUACACUACAGCUAGUACUCGACUUACGACCAUUCGACUUUACGACCACUUUGAAAAUUAUGAUUUAUAACAAUAAUAAAAGAAAUUUAACUUAAAUAUUUUUAUAACCUUACCUUACUGUACUCAUAGCGUACUCAACUUACGACCAAAUCGUUUUACGACUGGUCUGUCGGAACCGAUCGUGAUGGUAAGUUGAGCACUAGCUGUAUUAACGUUUGUAUUUUUUCAAUUUAUUGGCUGACAUCCAUCUCCUGAUAUGUUCAGAUAGCUUUGAUAAUAACUGGAGAAAUGAAAUUCCUGUUGUUUGUUUGCAGUGAAGACUCCCAUUGACAGCAGCUUUGCGAUCCAAAUGCAAGAAGCCAUUCAGCUUGGUCCCGAUAAUAUUUCUCAUGAGCAUUGUAUACUCCUGGCUAAUGACAUCCAGGGCCUGAAAAAUUUAUUUGACGCCUGUUGUUACAAUAAGGAUGUCAUGAAAAUUAGUGAACAGGUUUGUAUAUCUGAGUCUGCCAGACAUUGUUUGCAAUGUGAGACAGUGGAAUGUAUUUAAACAGUGUUUGUAUGUGAGGCAGUGUAUAUUAGUCAUUAUGUAUUAUGUUUCUGUAAUUGAAGUAUAAUUUAUGAAUCUUGUUGAUUUAACUAACAUUGAGCUUUUAGAGUUAGACCAGAGUGCUUUUAACACUGGAAAAAAAAAGUGGGGGGGGGGGCGACGACACAAAAAUAAUGUUGUUUAAUUUCCACUUUAAUCACAAAAAAUUCUUUACUAUUUCCACAGUUUUGGCAAGGAUUUCUGAACUUGAGACUAACAAAAUUGGAUUUUUAUUUAAGAUGUAAGCAUUGUUAAGGCUUUAAACAAAUUAACUUAUAUAUCCAGCCCAAAGUUCAAGUGUUUUUUCCAGUCUACUUGACCCAAUCAACACACAAGUCACCUAUAGUUACUCUGGAGCUCUGACAUGUUUACCAGCACUUAUUAUUUGGUUUAUUUUUGCCUUAUAUUGCUUGGUUGUAUCAUACAGUUUUAAAAUACAAACUGAAAAUAAUGAAUUUUCUUAAAAGAUUUUGCCUGUACCUGAUAACGUUAAAUGCUUUUCCUUUACCCAGUGUUUAAGGCCAUAGCCACAGAAGAACAUAUCGACCUGCUGGCCAAAACUGCCCCUGGCAUCACCAUUCCAUCACAGCUGAUAUGGGGCAGGAAUGAUGAGGUAACUGCAUGGGGAUGACUAGACUAGACUGGCAGGCCAUUGACAAAGAGUGAUUGUUCCUUUCUUUAAAGUUUGGGGUCAUCCGGGAUAAACAGUGUUGUAGAGUUUCUUAUAAGUAGUAAAUGGGAAGGCAGUGUUUGAACCAGUGGGAUGGUUUUCUGAGAAAUGGGGAGACAGUGUGUGAACCAUUGGGAUAGUUUUCUGAGAAAUGGGGAGGCAGUGUGUGAACCGGUGGGAUGGUUUUCUGAGAAAUGGGGAGACAGUGUGUGAACCAUUGGGAUGGUUUUCUGAGAAAUGGGUAGACAGUGUGUGAACCAUUGGGAUGGUUUUCUGAGAAAUGGGGAGACAGUGUGUGAACCAUUGGGAUGGUUUUCUGAGAAAUGGGGAGACAGUGUGUGAACCAUUGGGAUGGUUUUCUGAGAAAUGGGGAGACUGUGUGUGAACCAGUGGGAUGGUUUUCUGAGAAAUGGGGAGACAGUGUGUGAACCAGUGGGAUGGUUUUCUGAGAGAUGGGGAGACAGUGUGUGAACCAGUGGGAUGGUUUUCUGAGAGAUGGGGAGGCAGUGUGUGAACCAGUGAGAUGGUUUUCUGAGAGAUGGGGAGACAGUGUGUGAACCAGUGGGAUGGUUUUCUGAGAAAUGGGCAGACAGUGUGUGAAUCAGUGGGAUGGUUUUCUGAGAAAUGGGGAGACAGUGUGUGAACCAGUGGAUGGUUUUCUGAGAGAUGGGGAGACAGUGUGUGAACCAGUGGGAUGGUUUUCUGAGAAAUGGGGAGACAGUGUGUGAACCAGUGGGACGGUUUUCUGAGAAAUGGGGAGAUUGUGUGAACUGGUGAGGUGGUGUUUUGAGAAACAGGAAGGCAGUGUGUGAUCCAGUGAGGUGGUGUUUUGAGAAACAGGAAGGCAGUGUGUGAUCCGGUGGGGUGGUGUUUUGAGAAAUGAGAAGGCAGUGUGUGAAUGGGGGAUGUGGUUGGUGUUUGUGUAUUUUGCAAGGCCAAUGUUUAUUUCCAUAUUUAAAGAACUGGUCUCUCUGUUUGUGUCCACAGCUCAUUCAUGUGAGUGGUGCUGAAUACCUACGCUCGAGGCUGCCAAACUGUCGCUAUGUGGACAUCAUUGACGAUUGCGGGCAUGCGAUUGAUAUAGACAGGCCAGCACUGUUGAAUGAGCACCUCCUCAAGUUUAUCCAAGAUGACUGCAGCCAAGACCUCAACCCCACCACUGUGCUUUCAUCAUCCUCCCACUCCACUGAGAAUAAAGUUCUCUCAGCUGCCGCCAGUGAAUCCAGUUUUAAAAAAGAAGACUAGUCACCAGUGGUUCAUGCCUUGGGUAUGAUCUGUUAUAAUUUAACUACAUUUUUUGUACUUAAGUUUC